UCUUCACAGUCACCUUGAUUCACUCCCUCUCCCUCUACACUCAUUCUAAGACUAUCUCCACUACACUUUUCUCACUUGUAUCCAUUUUCAGGAUCAAUGCGGGAGGAGCACGUGGUUUUAUCUGUUGUUGAUCCUCUUCUUGCAGCACCUUCAACUUUGCAACCUGAGCUCGGUGGUGAUGACCGAGAUUCACUCGUUGAGGGUGCUACUCAUGUUAAUGAUGUUGGGGAAUGUGAUACUCUGGAAGAGCAGGAACAAGAACACGAAAAAGACCUUACCCUAAUGGUGGAGUGUCGCAUUUGUCAGGAAGAUGACACUCUUCAAAAUUUGGAUAUACCCUGUGGAUGCAAUGGAACCUUGAAGUUUGCUCAUAGGAGAUGUGUUCAGCUAUGGUGCUACGAGAAGGGUGAUACAAUUUGUGAAAUCUGCCAUCAGCCAUUCAAACCUGGCUAUUCUGCGACAAAAACUGUCUACCAUCCUGGAGAUACUUCAAUUGAUAUCAGUGAUGACUGGGAAAGCUCUAGUAUUCCUUUAGAUUUGCACAAUUCUCGACUUUUGGCAAUCGCAGCUGUAGAGCACCAAGUUCCAGAGAUUCGUGAAGGUUAUGCCUAUGCUGCUGGCACUAGUGGAAUUACAUUAUGGCACUCUGUUGGUCUAAUUUUAAUGGCUCUUUUACUUCUGAGGCAUGUUGCUCCCCUCUUCAAUGCUGAUGUGGAGAAAGUUUUAGCGUAUUUUUAUUUUUUCUUUCUUCGUGCGGCUGCUGUUGUCCUUCCUUGGUAUCUUAUGGCCUGGAUAAUUCGCGUAAUACAGCAUCAAAGGCAAAGACAACAAGCACCUGAAGAACUUGCAUUUAUGCUACAAGCAGACGAACAAGGUUAGCAGUUUGCAAUAUCACCAGGAUCUAUUUUUCACUGAUUAAUUCCCGAAUGCCAUCCCUAAUACAAGGACCUUAAAAAUUGUGGUUGGAUCAGUAGCGCAACAGAAUAAGAUCUGACGGCUCUGUAUCUGGUUCUCCAUUUGUAUCUUUCUCGGGUUAUAAUACCCCACCUCCCUCCCUCUCUCACUCUUUCUUCUGUAAAUAGGUAUAUUAUACAUCGUCUCAUCAGCCCAAAUACAGCUUAUACAGCUGCUAAUCGGGAAAUUAAUGUUAACAGGAAAUGUUCUUCAACUAUGAAAAUAUCUGUAUACAAAUUUGUAGUUUAUUGAUGUCUUGA